CCUUGCAUUUUCGGGUGACAAUGAACAAACCCUCGCUCGCUCAUUUGCACUUUCUUCCAACAAACUUCUCUCUCUCUCUCUUAUCGUCACCGCCACUGCAACAUGGUGCCUUAGCUAUCUCUGUUUCCGACUGGAACAACCUUGUUCGUAGACGUUAGUCAGCAACAACUCUUGAAUUUCUGUUUGGGUGUCAGAGUAUCGAGCAACUCUUCGGUGAGAAUGAUGCCAUACACAGAAGAAGAAGAAGUUGAUAGCUUAAUACAUCCAUGCUUGCAAGAUUAAACCCUCAAAUCCAAAAUAUGGUACCAAAGCUCAAAGAUUUUCUCAAUGGCCACUCUCCGUUUCUAAGAGUCUUUUUCUUUAUCCAAUGUGUCCUCUCCAUUCUCUGAAACAUCAAAUCUAAAAACCGGCAUAAUAGUCCUAUUCAUGGGCGGUGAUUCUUACCUAGUUUGCAGAAGAGUGAUGAAGAGUAAUAUAGGGUUUUAAAAAAAAUUAUACAUCGCAUGGUGUCAUGUGUGUAUAGAUUUUAAAGGAACAUCAAGGACGCUAAUGACAGGAGUAGAACUAGUCAAUCGUGAGAAAGAGUAGGGGUGGUUUAACAAUUAAAAGAAAAAGGAAAAAAAAAACGAAAAUACUUGCCAAAUCCAAACGUGCCUAAAUAAAUCGAAAGGGAAGUAGACAGCUAAUGAUAGUCUGAUAUCCUAUCCCACCCAAUUGCUAACCGCCAUGGCGCCAAAAACAUUACAAAAAUCGUAUCAGGUGGAGGGAAAACCUAUAAAUUCUCAAAUCAGAUGAGUUGGGGGGUAGAUGUGGAAGAACGCUUGACCCUACGAAGACACCAGCAAUCAAAGGGGAAAUUAGAGGGAGAAGCUCUAACAAGUCACACCGGAAUCGGGAAUUCCAUACUCUUUUCGUGGGAGACGAAAUCCUAAUUCAAAGUGCCUCACUUACACAACGGCCUUUCUCUCUCUUUCCCUACUUUUUCUCUGAAAAUCCGUCUCUCCCGUAACGAAUCCGCGUUCAGAGGUUGAUCUUUAACUGGUUUUUCACCCUUUCUGGCGGCUCCGACGCGGCUUUUCGAUUUCUUUAGCUGAUGUGGUUCUCAUUCCCGGUUCAAUCAAUCGGAGAGAUUUUAUCGGUUUCUUCAUUGUUUCUGUUCUGUUUCUCCUGAAUUUGCAAAUUAGAUUCUGUUCUCCAGGUAGUUUGUUCUUUUGUUGUUAUGGGGUAGUUCAUAUUUUCUUUUUUCUUUUCUCUUUCUUAGAGAUGAAUGCGAACCGAAUUCAGUUGGUCGUGAAUUUUUGUGAUGCUGUUUUGAAUAUAGCUGCUACUUGGGUUUCCAGAAAUGUCAAUAUGUUUUUCAUUUGCUGGAGUUGAUUUGAAUUUGAGAACUGAAUUGCUGAUUUCUGUGGUUCUCCGUCUAUUCGCUAGUGGGUUUAGGGUUUGUUGAAUGGGGUUUAGAAUCAUGGUGUCUCCAAAUAGAGGUCAGGCGGCUUAUUUCCCGCUUCUUGCUAGGCAAGGAUCUCUUUACAAUCUCACCCUUGAAGAGGUCCAGAACCAGGUAGGGGAUGUAGGGAAGCCCUCGAAUAGUAUGAAUUUGGAUGAACUGUUGAAGGGUGUAGUUGCAGCUGAAGGAAGUGAAGUCACGCACGACCAAAAACUCUCCACUGUGAGUGCCUCUCCAUCUUCUCCUCCUAUUUCUCCAGGAAAUUUCAAUUUGAAUCGGACACUCAAUAGGAAAACUGUUGAUGAGGUUUGGAAUGACAUUGUUCAGCAAGAGCAAGAAAAUACAGGAGGUGAUGGAUCUAUGCAGAGGCAACCAACUCUCGGGGAAACCACACUUGAGGAUUUCCUUAUCCGAGCUGGUGCCAUUAGUAUAGGGAAUCAGGAUGGUGUUCUUAAUCCCCAUUCCUUGGUGGCAAUAGACCCAAUUGUUUCAACAACUCAACAGGCAGACUGGUUGCAAUUGCAGAUGGCUGCUGUUCAACAGCAGCAGAUGGCAGUCUUGGGUUCUAGUGUGCCUCUUGCUGUGUCAGUGUUUGGGAAUUCAGCUGGGGAUUCUGGGUACUCAGGGAACCAACUGGCACUAUCGGUGCCAAUGCCAGUUGUGACAGUGACAUCAUCAGAUUCACAGUCAACGGUUGAAAGGAAGCAACGGUUCUCGGAUGAGAUGAUGGAGAAGACUAUUGAGAGGAGGCAGAAAAGGAUGAUAAAAAACCGUGAGUCAGCUGCUAGAUCAAGGGCAAGGAAGCAGGCAUAUACCAACCACUUGGAGAAUAAAGUGUCAGAGUUAAAGAAAACAAAUAAGAGGCUCAACAGGCAGAAGGAGAUACAGAUGCUUUUACCUUUGGAUCCUCCUCUAGAACCUAAAUACCAACUCCGGCGUACCAGUUCAACAUCAUUCUGAGACAGCAGGCAUAACUGUCCAUAUAUUAAUUUAAUUCUUUUAAAAUUCAUUAUUUUUUCCCCAUUUUUUCUUUAAUUCAUUAGCUUGUAGAUCAACACAGCAAUUGGUUUUGCAUUGAGAGCUUAGUUUGCGAUUGGUAUGCUACACCUCUUCACACACACAGAGAAAAAGAGAGAGAGAGAGAGAAUAAAAAUAGAUUCUUUUCUUUCCUUCCCCUUUUUUCCUUGGCUUGCAAGUCUCUAUUCCAGCUGAUACUUGUACAGAUUCCUCCAUUUGUUUGUCUAGCAUAAGAUAAGACAGGGGAGGGCGUUCUCUGCUCCAAUACCGACUGGUUCAAUCAUAUCAAUGGUUUCAAAUCAACAUCUUAUUCUAUUUGCUACGAAAUUUUAGUAAGCAUCAUUUCUCAUUUUCAAUCUGAUUUGCAUUGCUUAGAUUCUUUGUUUCUCUAUCAACUCAUCUUAUUUUAUUUUGUGGCUUUAAAUGUAAGUCGUGGUUAUCUUGAUGGAGUGUGGGUGGCAUAUUGCUGACUCUUGCAAUACCAGAUUUAAAACUUACUUAUUACCAUCCACGUGUCUCCUUUUAAGGAUCUGGACCCAUACUGAUAUGGUGCCACUGGUUCAUUUUCAGGACUCUGGCCCAUUUCUUUCUUCUUUCUUCUUUU